AUGGCAAGAAGCCACCUCGUGCUCUCUCUCUCUCUCUCUCUCCCUCUCCCUCUCCCUCUCCCUCUCUCCCUCUCUCUCUGCCGUUCCACUGGCCUCGGCAGCAUGGCAAAUCCAGCCCAUUCAGUGCUACCGGCCCAUGCGGCAGAGCGCCGCGGGCCCGAGGCACACGAGGCUCGCCCCGAAAACUUCCCGCCCAUGAAGAAUGAAGUCAUUCUGCAGGCAGCCCGGGGCGAAGAAACCCCCUACGUUCCCGUUUGGUGGCUGUCUCCGCUCGUCGCCAUCGCCGCAUUGCCACCACUGAACCCCCCUUUUUUUACCUCCCCUGAUGCGGCCAUCAUCUUUUCCGAUAUCCUGGUCGUGCCUCAGGCCCUGGGUCUCGAGUGCCUCAUGCAGCCUGGCAUUGGGCCAGUCUUCCCCAAACCCAUUGAGACCCCGGAAGAUCUGGCACGACUCAACCCCUCAGUGGACGUCCAAGCCGAGCUCGGCUACGUCUUCGAAGCCAUCACAUUGACUCGCCAUCGACUUCAGGGCCAUGCCCCCCUCAUUGGCUUUGCAGGCGCCCCAUGGACGCUGUUCGCCUACAUGAUCGAAGGCAAAUCCUCCAAGACCUGGGACAAGGCCCGCGCAUGGCUCUACCAGUACCCCGAGGCCUCCCACCGCCUCCUGGAUAUGAUUACAAACUGUACCAUCCAGUAUUUGGUGGGCCAAGUCCAUGCUGGAGCCCAAAUGCUUCAGCGCCGGUGGCCCAUCAACUCCACCCCCCACCCCCACCCCCCACCAUCGGCUGCUGACCUUUCCGGCCCGGUUUUCGACUCGUGGGCAGGAAGUCUGCAGCACGACAUUUUCCGUGAAUUCGUAUUGCCCCGUCUCGCACGCAUUGCCAGCUCAGUCAAGGCCCUGCUUGGCCCCAAGGCCGUUCCGAUGAUUUGCUUUGCCAAGGGCGCCGCUUGGGCCAUGAAAGACCUUGAGCACACCGACUACGACGUUCAGGGCCUGGACGAGACAGCUGAUGUCGAACAGGUGGCCGCCCUCCUCAAGGGUCGCGUUGCGCUGCAGGGCAACCUGGAUCCUGCGGUCAUGUACGCUUCAGACGAUGUCAUCCGCGCGCGGGUCGGCGCGAUGAUGGCCAAGUUUCCCGCCCGUGGCCACAUUGCCAACUUGGGUCAUGGCAUGACCCCCACGAUGGAGCCCCGGGCCGUGGCGGCUCUGGUGGAUGCCGUGCAUGCCUUUCGUCGCGAAAGCCCGCACAUUCGCAUCGGCACGCGCUCCUCAGUACUUGCCAUGUGGCAAACGCGCUGGGUCGUUGAGCGCUUGACGCGCGCCCACCCCGGCGUGCGCUUCUCGGUGGUGCCGCUUUCGACCGUUGGCGAUGCCAACCUGACCCUCGACCUCAACAAGUUUUCCACCACUGGCAUUUUCACAGACGCUCUGGUUCGCGCCCUUUUGGCCCAAGAGGUGGACAUUCUGGUCCACUCUCUGAAGGAUUUGCCGUCCACCAUUUCGCCUGGCACUCAAUUGGCUGCCAUUGGACCACGCGAGGAUCCACGCGAUGUGGUUGUGUUCCACCAUCGCCACUCUGAAAUUAAGGAUUUGGCCCAGCUGCCUGCCGGAGCAGUCGUCGGCACCAGUUCUACGCGCCGUCGAGCCCAGCUGGCUGCCGCCUACCCACAGCUUCGGUUUGCACCCGUCCGCGGCAACGUGAUGACCCGCCUUCGCAAGUUGGACGAUCCGGCCAAUGGCUAUGAUGCCCUCUGCUUGGCUGCAGCUGGUCUCAUUCGCCUCGGUCUGGAAGCUCGCAUUGGACAGUUCCUGCCACUUACCGUCAGCCGCCAUGCCAUUGGGCAGGGCGCUCUUGGUAUCCAGGUUGGUCCAGCCCACCUGCACACAUCGCUCUCCCUGUGCACGCCACUGACCGGUGUCCGACAUGCUUAA